AUGCCAGAAAGAAGAUCUUUACCAGCAAAAACCCAAAAGCAAGAAGAGAAACAAAACAAAACAAAAAAAAAGCAACAAGUCAACAAAAAGGAAACUGUAAGAACAGCAACAAGAACCACACAACAAGAAAGGGAGAAAAGACAGAGACAUCAAAAACAAGAACCUACAGAUGAAGCUCAAAAACAAGCAAAAGCAAAAGAAAGAAUAAAGAAACAUCGACAACCCAUUGAAGAUGUUGUGAGAUCUCUCAUGACAUUAUCUAUGCCAGAGAGAAGAUCUUUAACAACAAAAACCCAAAAGCAAGAAGAGAAAGACAAGAAAGAGACAAAAACAAGGACAACAGAAGGAAACAGCAGAAGGAUGAACCUGCAAAUGAAAAGGAAACAGCAACAAGACAAAAAAAAGGUAACAGCAACAAGAGAAACAACCAGCAAACAGGAAGAAAGGAAGAAAAGACAGAGACAGCAGAAGGAUGAACCUGCAAAUGAAGCUCAAAAACAAGGACAACAAAAAGAAACAAUAACCAAACACCAACAAUAG